GUGCCGAACUGCUCUUAUAUUUCGCGUUCAUCGCGAUGCUUGACAGUGGUUACUGGCGAUCCCGUGAUUUGUUUUUUUCUCCCACUCUCUCUUUCUCUCUCUCUAUCUCCGUUUCGGACGAUACGUUGAACGUUUAACCGGGAGAACGAACGUCGAUGUUCACCGUAAACACUGUGCAUCCGCUGUCGUUACACCCAAGACGGUAUCCGUCACGGUAUCGCGACGACGGCGACGACGACGACGUCGUCGUCGAUGCACGGCCGCGUCUUUCAUCGCGGAUGAUCCAGCUACCGUACCUGUCAAGGUAAAGUGGUACACGAGGUGCGUUUAACGUCGAAAAGAUCGGCUCGAUGAGGCUGAACACGUCGACGUCACCGUCGCCGCCGUCACCGUGGUCGUUGCUGGUGUCAUUGCCGCUGUCGUCGACGCCGUCACCGUCGUCAUCAUCAUCAUCAUCAUCAUCGUUCCAUUACCGCUGUCAUCGACGUUGUUUUCGUUACAGCCGUCUGCAUCAUUCUCAUUGUGGUUAUCAACGUGUUUGUGCUUCUUAUUGUUGCCCAAGGCAUAAUCAGUCUGCAUCGCUUGCCCCUUCGCUAGUGCAUCUGUGCUAGGAAGUAACACGUUCUUCUCUCUGCACCGCAAACUACUCGCGGUAUCGUUUAGACAGGAUGGCAGGUAGCAAGACAUCCGGUAGUCCCCUGCAGUUCAGACCCAUAGAGGUGACCCAACAGCUACAGGACGGAGAAAAGUUCAUAAAAUGGGAUGAGGACUCUGGUAUAGCGACUCCAGUGACACUGAGAGUAGACAAGUUUGGAUUUUAUCUGCAUUGGGUGGAUCAGAAUAAUGAGAUGGAAAUGUUGGAUAUUGUUACGAUAAGAGAUGCUAGAACUGGGAAAUGUGCUAAAGUACCAAAGGAUCCAAAAUUAAAAGAUCGUGUGACAAUGGGUUCUCAAGAUUCCUUAGAGGACAAGACAGUGACAAUUUGCUAUGGAUCCGAUUUCGUUAACGUCAACUUUAUUAACUUUUGUACAAUGCGCUCAGAAGUUGCACAACAUUGGACACAACAGAUUUUUCAGCUUGCGUACAAUUUGACUCUACUCAAUAUCAGCACAACCAUGUUUCUUCAGAAGGCGCAUACCAAGCUUACACUUACAGCUGAUAAAUCAGAAAAGAUUCCCGUAAAGAAUAUAAUAAGAAUGUUUACGCAGAAUAAAGAGGAUCGUAAACGUGUUGAGAAAGCGCUCGAUAUUUCUGGUUUCCCAUCGGGAAAAAACGACGUGAUAUCGUUACAAAAAUUUCAAUUCGAAGAUUUCUUCAACUUUUACAAGUCCCUCACUCAACGAUCGGACGUCGAGAAAGUAUUCGAGAGCAUCGUAGGCAAUAAUAAACGUAAAUUAAUGUCCGUCGCUCAGUUUGUCGAUUUCCUGAAUAAAACUCAAAGGGAUCCGCGCUUAAACGAGAUAUUGUACCCUUAUGCAAAUGAGGCGAGAGCAAAAGACAUUAUAAGUCAAUACGAACCAAAUAAAUCGAAUGCAAAUCGAGGUCAACUCAGUUUCGAUGGAUUUUUGAGAUACCUGAUGAGCGAGGAUAAUCCAAUCAUUGCAUUAACGAAACUCGAAUUAUCGGACGAUAUGGAACAGCCGCUUGCGCAUUACUUUAUAAAUUCUAGUCACAAUACAUACUUGACAGGGCAUCAACUUACUGGAAAAAGUUCGGUCGAAAUAUAUCGUCAGUGUCUGCUUGCCGGUUGUCGAUGCGUGGAGUUGGACUUUUGGAACGGAAAAUUCGAUGAGCCUGUCAUUGUCCAUGGAUACACAUUCGUACCUGAAAUCUGUGCGCGGGAUGUAAUUGAAGCAAUCGCUGAAAGUGCUUUCAAAACGUCGGAAUAUCCUGUUAUUCUUAGCUUCGAAAAUCAUUGCAAUCCUAGACAGCAAGCAAAGAUAGCUCAGUAUUGUAGAGAUCUCUUUGGAGAGAUGCUACUCGACGCGCCUCUCGAAUCUCACAAGUUGGAACCAGGUCAGGAGUUACCCCCUCCGUGUUUAUUAAAACGUAAAAUCAUAAUCAAAAACAAGAAGAAGCAUCAUCAUCAUCAUAAAAAGCAUAAAAAGAAGCAACAGCCUGGUAUAGGAACUGAGGAAGGAGUUCCGGAGACAGACGAUAAUGGGGCGAGUCAAGUCGCGGACGGCGAAAAUGGCCCGCCGCCGGAUGUCGUUCCCGAGGUUGACGGAACCGGUAACGAUCGACAAAUGGGAAACGGAGACGUCCCUCACCACCCGAUGUUACAACAUAGGCAGGGCAGUAAAGACAGUGCUCAAGGCGACGAUGACGAAGACGAGGAAUCGAGCACCGACGAGGACGAGUCGAACGUGGAAGACAUCAAGUUGAGGAUGGACGAUAAAGUGCCUGCAGGAGACAAAGCGUCUAGCGCGAAAGAAACGGAAGCCGGAGCGGAAAUUUCAGCCCUAGUUAAUUACGUGCAACCUGUUCAUUUCAACAGCUUCGAAUCGGCCGAAAAAAAGAAUCGCACGUACGAAAUGUCGUCGUUCGAUGAGAAGCAAGCUACGACGUUGUUGAAGGAAAGGCCGUUGGAAUUUGUAAAUUACAACAAGCAUCAAUUGUCGCGAGUCUAUCCGGCAGGCACGCGUUUCGACUCGAGCAAUUUCAUGCCUCAAGUGUUUUGGAACGCGGGUUGCCAGUUGGUCGCGUUGAACUAUCAAACGCUCGAUCUGGCGAUGCAGUUGAAUUUGGGAACAUUUGAGUACAAUCAACGUUGCGGUUAUCUCCUCAAGCCGGAAUUCAUGAGGCGAAAGGAUCGGCGAUUGGAUCCUUUCGCGGAAUCAACUGUGGACGGUAUCAUAGCGGGAACGGUUCACAUUCACGUGAUAUCAGCUCAGUUUUUAACGGACAAGAGAGUAGGCACUUAUGUCGAGGUAGACAUGUACGGAUUACCAGCUGACACCGUGCGGAAGAAAUUCCGGACGAAAAUCGUGCCGAACAAUGGAAUCAACCCUGUAUACGAUGAAGAACCUUUUGUCUUUAAGAAGGUCGUUUUGCCUGAACUCGCUGCGAUUAGAAUUGCCGCGUACGAGGAAUCAGGUCGUUUAAUUGGACAUAGAGUGUUACCAGUAGUCGGAUUAUGCCCGGGCUACCGGCACGUUGCGCUCAGAACGGAAUGCGGCCAACCAUUACCGCUGGCAAGUUUAUUUUUGCACGUUAUCGUAAAAGAUUACGUACCGGACGGCCUGAGUGAGCUGGCCGAAGCUCUGGCGAAUCCAAUCAAGUAUCAGAGCGAAGCAGAGAAAAGGGAACAACAGUUGUCGGUUCUCACGGAUCCUCUGGAAUUGGACGAUCUGGCGGAAGAAGUCGAUGAGGAGACUGCGAAAAGACUACAAUCCAUGGGCGAGUUACCAAUGCUCGCGCCAGCUUCUACGAACGUCCAUGGUAGACCAUCUAUCACCGGUGGUAUUACUGCACAAGACACACAAGAUAACGAGGACGGAACGCCAGCCCCCCCAGUUCAACAAGUUGUCGAAGCUUCCACAAAUAAAAGUCCAGUUAAUGUCAGCGGUAUGAGCGAAGAAAUAGUAGCCGAGUCGUUGGAGAAAUUGAUGGAGAACAAGCUUGUCCGGGAAAAGAAAGUUGAACUCGAGAAGAAGCUCGAAUCUUUGCGGAAGAAGCACGAAAAGGAGAAAUCAAGGAUGCAGUCGCAGAAAGGAUCCCUCGACGGGGAGAAACACAAAUCAAAGUUCUACGUUAGCCAUAAAUUAGUGAAACGGCUGUCGAGUAGAAAUAUCUUCUCAAGCGAAGUGGGAUUGAGCACGUUAGCCCUGGCGGAGUCGUCGGAAUGUGCGGACAUAGAGAAUCGCGAAGGGAACGGCGGUACUCCGAGAGGAUUGCCUAGAAGCCAGAGCGAACGUUUACUGGCUGUGUGCAAAGCUCACGUCCAACAAGAACGCGAACUUCAAGAAAAAUAUUACGACAGCUUAUUCGUGACCGUCGAGAAAGUAAUGAAAUCCUCACAGUCCAAUCAACUGAAAACGCUGCGGGUGCUCCUGGAGCGCGAAACCGCUGACGUCAUGAGGAAGCUUCAAGCUACGAGGCACGGGGAGGUGAAACAGCUGGCAAAAGUGCACAAGGACAAGGCAGAGUUAGAUCGAAUGAAGAGGGAGGUCGCGAAAUCAACAGUCGAGAAAGGUGUGAACGAGUGCACGCGAUUAACGAAGAUUUAUGAGAAAAAGAGGGCGGAGCUCGAACGGCAACACGAAGAAGUCCGGCAAAGGCUAGAAGCAGAAAGGGCAAAGGUGAAAGCGUCCCUGAUGGCCGAGUAUAACAGCCGAUGCAGUAAAUUCGAAAGCGGGGAGCUGCCUUUGUCGCCUUCCGGUGGGACUAGCAUGCCGGAGUCGCUCAGUGGCAAUACAUAUUGACUGAAAUGAUCGAUAGUUUAAUUGAUCGAUGUCUUGCGACGACGUGGUUUGGAGUAUUCACAAACCCGACGCAGUAAACUGUUUUUGCCGAGUGUGUAGUCUGUUUGAGAGAGAAGAUGAGAGAGUACAUAACGGCGCGUUGGUUCUGCAAUAAGCAACGGGAGCCCGCCGCUGACGGUGUAACGAUAGGUAGGAAAUUCAUGAAAUCUACGCAGUUACCUGUGUUUUGCUAUCAAAUAAUUUUAUCCACUUCCAAAAAAGAAAUGUCUCUUUUGCAAAGCGCGCAGCAUUUACGAGGCGAUAUUUGAUUUCGGGGGUACGUCACAAGAUCGAGGGUGAACCCCGUAUAGAUUCUCUUACCCGCAUUUGUCGAACUUCAUUUUAAAAUAAUUUAACUACCCGACAAAGCAAUCGUUUAACUCAUUAUCGUAGAGAUGCGCAUUCGAAUACGUUAGGUGAAUUUAAUUAGGAGAGUAAUUUAUGUCGUUUUCCAUGUACUCACCAGUCAUAAUUCAAAUCGUUAUCGCGAUUGAUCGAUCGCGAUUGAUCGAUUGCGAUUGUUCAACUGGUCGUAUGCGCAUGCGCCAUUUUGAUCUCAGCAACGGAGGGUGUCUCAAAGUGUUGGGAAGCGAGCUUCGUUUUCUUUCUUACUGUUUUCCUAAUUCGAUAUUACGCACAGUAUUAAACGCACUAAUUGUCAUUACACUCGAGACCAUCGCCGCCAGUGUCAAUAAUUUAUUCAGUUUUGCAACGCGAAAGAAUCUCCGAGGAGGCGGAAAAGAGUACGACGCUACGUGACGAGGUACAUAUGAAGUACACGAUUCUAAAUAAGAAUAAUGUUUCCAAGUGCUACUAUUUAAUCUUGUUAUUAUAUGUAUAAGAUGUUAUUUAAUUAGCAAAGUCGAUGAUAAAUCGCGUUCCAAGACACUCGGGUCGUUUGUUAAAUAAACGGUGGGGGAAGGGGGGAUUUCGCGAUUGAUCGCUGGGCAUCGGUCGGACUUUGGGGUUAAAAAAUGUAACUCGAUUCGCGGCGAUGAGGGUGGGGACGGGGGUGUUGAAAUAUCUUUGGCCUAGAGGUAAGGGAAUUACGAUUUCGGACGGGCGUGUGCAUGAUUUCAUAUAUUUUUGACUGAAAGUACUCCGCAUAAAGACAUUUUUUGAGUAAUCGUGUCGCGAAUGCUAAAGAGACCGUACUGUGACGAACAACGUGAGCUCAGUACAUCUAAAAACAGAAAAAAUCGAUUAAGAAAAAAAUGAAAUAUUAACGGGAACGUUUCUAAAUAGCGUUUUUGUACCGCGUUGCGGCCACUUUGAGGCCCGAGCAAAACGAUUUGGGGUGAGCCUCUUUUAGGAAGACAAUCAAAAAUGUUACGCCAACGUAACAUUGUCCUUGUUGUUUCUAAUCGUACGAUAUUUUAAGUAACUCGAUAUUACACAUACAUAUUAUAUAUAUAUAUCUUAAUAUAUAUAUUCUUAAUAGUUACUAAAUGAAAGGUAGGGUAAUACGCGACGUACUUGCGCAUCGUAAAUCUCGUGUGAUUCGCCCCAUUAAUAUAUUUCCAAGUGAACGAUCGGCGAGACACGAGCCUUUGCAUUCGUGUUCUCCACCGAUGGUUCGUGCUCAUCACUAUUUUAAAACCACUACUAUUACUAUAUGCAACAUGUGUAUAUAUACAUGCACGCACACGAACAUACGUACAUUAUAUACAUGCAUACGCACGUGCGCAAGUAGAGCGUGAUCAAUCGUCAAUGAGGAAAAAAAAAGAAGAAAAAUUAAGGAAUACUUUUGUUAUUUUAUAAAUAUUGUCGUCGAUUGCUAGGGGCUACGAAUGGUUCAAUUCCCUUCGACCUGGAGGACGAACUCGAUCUUGAAUCGUUCAUAUAAAUUAUUCGUCUGUUUGUCGACAGGUUUUCCUUUUGCCACCGUCGUUUAUUUAAACGGGGCGCUUUCUAAAUGUAAUACGUACAAGGUUCCGCGCGUAUCUCGCGAGAAUCGCAACUAUACGCGCACAUUAUCGGUUGGUUUCAAUUCGAACGUUCCUUUCGUUGAAAUUAAUAUAAUGAGAGUGUUAUUCUGUUCCAAAGUUCGUGAGAGAGAGAGAGAGAGAGAGAGAGACGAAUCGCAAUAACAAUUUCUGUGAGACUUCCUUUAGUUGUAUCUGUGGUUUGGAUGAUUUUACAAUGAGCCAAUGUAACCGACGAUGUAUGGGUCGAACAUUUGUUUUUGAGUGAUUCACGGAGAGGUAUCGACGAUUGCGAGGAAUCGCGAGAUUCCGUGAGGAUGAAUCUCCUGCAGUGUUACAAAAAAAAAAAAAAAAACACCGGCUGUAGAGCUCGCACGCUGCGUUUUAAUUACGAUAGAAUGGGUAUUAUGUUGCGAGAGGGAUAAGUUUAGGUAUAGUUUAAGCUUGAGAGUGUGGCUUUAGGUGUUCAUUCGGAUGGAACGAUCACACACGACGAGUUACCAUUUAUUCUUUAAGUUGACGCCAAUUUAUCGUGUGAUUGCAUUUCUCGGUGAGUUUGUUAUCUUCCAUGAAAAAGGGGUGAGGGAUGGGGGGGGGGGACGUGAGAACGGUAUCGCACGUAAAUGGGAACGUUUUAAAACAUUGGGGCGAGGGGAAACAGUGAUAAUUUAUUAAAAGAUGAGAUAAUACGAGAUAAAUAUGUAAGCGGGUAUAAUUUAAUUAAGGUAGCGGUCGCCAGUGGACUACCUUUAAGCGUUCCGACGCGAGAGAGAAAUCAAUACAGUAAAUUAUGUUAAGUCGUACAAGAUUAUCGGAAGUUUAUAUAUAUAUAUAUAUAUAUUAUGAUAUAUAUAUGUGUGUACACAUAUAUGUAUAUGUAACGUUCGUAUACAUUGUAUGUACGUGUGUCGAUGUUUUUCCGAUCGUGUGUAGUCGCAACGAUGCGCGCCUCUCGCAUCGCUGAUCUUUGCGGUACCGAGUUCGAGGCGGCUGGAGGGUGAGAAAACAGGGAGGGAGGACGUAGAUUUGACGCGGUACGCACAGGCAGGGUGCAGGGGCGCGCGAAUUCCUUCAAACGCUUGCAUAGUCAGAGAGGCGGAACGUUUUACGAAUAAUCGGACUGUGAACAGCAGCGAGAGUAAAGAGAGCCGCGAGGACACGUUUCGAUUGUUCGUAUCUAGUGUUUCGGAGUUUGUCUGAUAGACUUGUACAGAGAGAACGAACGUUCGGUGAUAAUAGCCAGUCCCUUCGUUAGCAUACGAGAACAGUGUCGUCACAGAUUUUGUUUCUCUUUAUCGAUUCGGAAUCGAUGUUGCUGUUUUAUUCGAGUCAACCGACUAGCUGUUCUCGUCGGACGCUCAAGUCCUCUGUAUAACUCUGUAAUAAUACUGAUUUCCUUGGGACGUGAGUGCCGUCCGUCCUCCGAGAAUCUCGAGCCGGGUCGCGACCCGCGAUGCAUUUCCCACGAAUAUUUUUUCUCCGCGCGUUAUUACCAUACAGAUAUAUUAUACAUAAUGCGUGAUUCGCUUCGGACGACCGUUGGUCUCGUCUUCUUCCUAUAUUCUUGUAAUAUGCGUAACGCGCGGCCGCGGAAUAGUCUUCGAUAAAAAUGAAAUCGAGCGUUUGUUACUUGGGAGAGAAUCGUGUGCGCGCUCGCAUAUUACACCUCGUACCUAAUUGUAUAAGUAUAAAAUAACUAGGCUAAAAGGACAGAUAUUAUAUUCAUGUUGAUAUAUUAUGUGUUGUUGCUGUUGAUGUUGUUAACGGUAGAGUAGCGAAAAGGUGGCAGUAAUAGCGUAGUCGUUGUUCAUAAAUUAUUGCGGGAUUUUAGUUUUGUGUUAUCUGUGCGGAGCGCGGGUCGCCGCGCGGUUCUCGCGCCGCGAGAGACGUUCGCGAACUUUGCCAAAACUCUUUUCUCGUAACUUGCGAACGCUGCUCGAGCCGCGCGGAUCGCGCGGCGACCUCGCGUCUUUCGAAAACGAGACGCGACGACAGCUACGGAUCGUACGCAGCUGUAAGUCGUAGGGUAAUAUUUGAAAUCGGCCUAUCGACGAUCGUGACGGUCUGGCGUCGCUCACCGUUCCUUUCGAAAUGAAUUAUCGCGGAACGUCUUCCGGGGAUUUCGCACGCGUGUCUACCGAGGGAUCGAGCUCCCCGAUCACUGGACCGCCGUUUGAGCAAAUCCGUAUUUUUAUAAAUGCAAUUAAAGGAACGUUCGUUUUAUCCUCCGAACAUCACUACUUCUGUUCUACUGCGGAUGUUUUAUAUUUCUAUCAGUGGAUUUUUUUUUAGAUCAUUUAGAAUUCCCGGUCCAGUGAUCGGUCAUCGUUUCGCGACACGUUUCCAUACGUCUGAAUGUGGCACGUUGUCUCGCCGCAACGAUAUCGCGUCCUAACUGAUAUUCCGAAACUACGGGCACCUCCUCGCGCGUAUGGAUUUUAUCGUGGAUUCGUAAAAUCUUUACGCGUGCGGAGAGUGCGACGUCGUAAAAUUCUUAAAAGAUCUCUUGGUGAAACAACGACUCUUGGUACCUGACUCGAUUCUCUAUUUGGUCGGAACGUGUCGCGAGAAAGGAGCAUGUGAGAGCGGGACACGCUUUCUAAUUAAUUGCCAAGCGCACGAAGCGAGCGAGCCGUACUUUACAGAUCGUCAAGUCUGUCAAUUCUUCGAUGCUUCGAAUGCUCUUGGAUGUUCAAUGUGAUUUUUCGAUUAUUCUAUCGAGUUCGUUCUUGUUGCGAUCCUUUCUUCUUAAUGGUCGUUGAAUUCACGCACGAUUUCGGCUGCUCAGCCUUCGAUCUUGCCAAAUAUAUGUGUGUCAUAAUUGAUUGUUGCCUGUUUUCGAGCGAUCUUCCGACGGUCCGUUGCGAGGACACGGAGCAACGCGAUCUCCACGGCACGUUUUAAACCGAUCGUGUUUAUAAUCGAGCCUGUUAGUCUCUAGAGACUGAUAUUUUGUUCUCAUUUACCGGUAUCCUUUGGAAAGCCAUUCGAGCUAAAUUUAUUGUUCCCUUCGUAUCGCGUAAGAAGCAGCGGCAGUAUCGAUCGCCGCGGAAUAUUUACGGAUGAUUAAUAACGCUCAAUCCGUUUGCUGUGUGGAGCCGCGUACACACGGUAACCGCGUUUUUCCUUCCCGAAUUAGAACGACGGCUCGUGCGCAGUUCAUUUCCUCUCCCUCCCCUCGUCGGUUGAUGAAACUUGUAUAAGUAAAUAAGUGUCUGUCGGACAGACGAAUGUUGUUCGAAGCGGGGUGGUCGAUUUCUUUGCUCGAGCGUCACGCAACACACAGAAAAUGAAGGGUUUAGGUCGUCCACUCGGCACCUCGGUCAUUGUUAAUUGACCGUAUGAAACUGUGCGUACCUAUUAACCGUAAUUUACGAGCAGCUUCCACGAGCUAGGGGAGGAUUGUUCGGUCGUAGCUUACGCUAGAUUUUUACCCGAUACAUAAUUUUAAGCUACUUCAUACCGUUGCAACGCGCGCGAAUUGAUUCCACGUGGCAAUUUAAUUUUCUACGGAGUGUUACUUGUUUCGCGUUACGCGCGUUACUAUCACGCAGCUACCACGAGAAACCGAUGCUUGGCCACAAUGUUCGCACUUACCUGGAACGAAAAUCAAAAUCGCGUGACCGAUUUUCCAGUAAAAAUUCUUUCAACCGUGUAAAAACAUCAUACAAACUCCUGUUAGAACGGUUCUUGCCUUUUUUUUUUUCGUUUCAAUGCAUAUUCAGUUCGUUUUUCCGUGUUCGAAAUCUGUAUUUCCCUUUCGACUUGCAAUUUCACUCGAGAUGUUUAUCGGCUCAACGCGUUUCUACGAUGAAAGUAUUCGGUGUUCAAUCGCGAAUAGUAAAUCUAUUAAGGCGCAUCGACUCUGACUUACUCGUGCCUUGCCCUCGGCCAUCCACGCUUCUCGCUAUACGGAUGCAAUCGCACCGAUCGAUCAGGCUCAAAUUCUAUCUUGCCCGUACAUACGUGCUUCAUUUCUCCUAAUAAUAAUAAUAAUAAUAAUAAUAAUAAUAAUAAUAAUAAUAAUAAUAAUAAUAAUAAUAAUAAUAAUAAUUUCUCGUAAUAGGGAAAUGGCGCGUGAGAAGAUAGAAUACCGUCGCCUCGAGUGUUCGUAUAGACAGGGCCGGUUCGAGAAACGAUCUCUGAUCGCGUCGUAGCUAGAUCCCAUCGAAUCUCAACGAGUUAACCCGUGGAACGCGAGCUACGUGUCGAUUCGCACGGACGGUGUUCCGUUCGUCGUUGUCUUCGCUUGUUUGAUCCGCGGACCGCAGAGUUCCUGCGUUUAUAAAGAAAAAUCCGAUGCAACUCCGAUUGAAGUUCGUAAAGAGCGUCGGAAGCGUAAUGGACAUUGCUACGUCGCACGAACAUCCGCGGUCCGCUCGUUUAUAUUCUACGUAUGUGUCGCACGAUAUCGAUGUGUCUAGGUUCUUUGCUAGGGUCUUGCCGCGUACCUUCGAGCCGAUCCUCCGUUUCUUCCAAAUGCAGUGCUCGCCAGAAAUUGUUUAAAGUCAUUCCCGCGAAUAGAGGAGGUUUGCGACGAGCAGUGUAGUUGUUCUCCGCGUGCCGAUCAAUCCUGUCGUCGUGGCGAUGAUCCGUGCAAAUCUUCCGUAAACGAUAAGAAUUUUUUGAGCCAUUUUUUAUAUAUACAUACUAUUCCCGGCUUGCCGUCGAGCCACGGUUGGCCGCCGCGCCGGCCGACCGGCCAACCGACCGACGUGCGUUCCCCGUUGGACCGUUUUCCUAUAUUUCGGGAUAUUUUUCGAUUUCGACGCAUUUACAUUGUUUCUCGCUUGAACAUAGGGUCCGUGUUUCAAGUGUAUACGCGAUCCAGCGACGGUCACACGUCCUGGUAACGGGAGAGUGGUGGACAACACGCGAGUCGCUUCCAUUUAGGGUUUCGGUACGCUCUCGGUCGGACGAUCGUCUUACAAAAGGAUACGAGACAGGACCUCUGCGCGGUACGAAGCUCGUCUUCGUAUCGCGGAGAGUUCUUGACUUGUGAUCUUGAACACGGUGAUCGGAUUAGGAGAAUGCCGUGGUACCGGAACAGUAAUCGAUGGUUUCCAACCGACUUAUAAAAACUUGGGUGUAUUUUUUAGAACGAAGCGUUAGUAAAAAUUGUUAACUCCCCGUAAGGAUGCCGUAAGCACCGUAAAACAAAACAAAAGCAAAAAAAUAAUGAGAAAACCCACUUAUACUCGUACGACGAUAUACAUAUGAGUUUUAACGAUAUUCUAUAAAUGGCUGUACCGUAUUGUAAAAUCAAAGAUAUAGUGUACAAUAAAGAUUAGUGUUGUAGAAA